GGGAAGGAAGCGGCGCGGGCCGAAGGUGGGGAAGGCCGAGCCCCUGGGCUGCGCUCGGCUCACUCGACACUCCGCGCUAUCGUCCUCCACUUGCAGUCGACGUGCCCUGCGAGGAACGAGGCACCACACUCCGCCUCGCGGACUCCAAACAGCACCACGUUGUCCCGAAUGCCCACAAUGGCACCGCCGGGCAGCACGAGAAGCAUCCGGCAAUUUAAGCGGCGCUUCAGCCUCCAACCUUCUUCCUUCCUGGGGCGCGAUGACGGCGGCGGGACUCCAAGGGGCGGACAUUCCCCAAGCAUUGACGAGUGCUCCGCCACAAAGGACAUAGUCACUAAGCACAGACACAAAAUCGUAGUCAUGGGGCCAACAAAAUCAGGUAAAACUUCAUUGAUCUCCCAAUUCCUGUAUGGCACCUUUCCCGACCGGUACAAGCGGACUGUGGAGGAAAUGCACCACGGCGAGUUUGACGUUGGUGGUGUUCACCUAACUUUGGACAUUCUGGACACGUCCGGCGCCCAGGAGUUCCCUGCAAUGCGCGCGCUGUCCAUCUCGUCAGCAGACGCGUUCAUCCUGGUGUAUGCGCUGGACGAAUCAGAAGAGUCCUUCGAAGAGGUUCGCCAGUUGCGCGACCUCAUCCUCUCAACAAAGGGUGCUUCCGGCGUGCCGAUCGUCGUGAUCGGCAACAAGCUUGACCUGGUGGAGGAUUCGAGCGAGGUGGCCGAAUCAAUUGUCACCCUCGACUGGGAGCACGGCUACGUGCAGGCCUCGGCCAAGGACAACCGCAAUGUGGCCAAGUGCUUCCAGGAGCUGCUCAACCAGGCCAAGGUCAAGUACAACCUGAGUCCGGCCCUGAGGCAGCGUCGGCGGCGGCAGUCGUUGCCGGCCGCCUCGGGCUCUUCGCCCAGCCACAAACCGACAACGGCGGCGAUCGACGCGGAAAAACUCGAGAAAAUGAGACAGGUCGCCGCUGCCACGCCUGGUGAGAAACGCAACUCCUGCGUCAUUUCCUAAGCCCCACUUCCAAGGAGACGCAAAAUGCUGAGUGUAAUUUAAUCGCGAGUCUCUCCUGAGGGCGCAGGGUGCUUGAGCCGGAUGGGUAAAGAAACGCGACUUUGACAUUCAAACCUCGUUUUGGCGGUUUGUCGCGGUAAUUUUUGCUGAUGGAAUAGGAGGAGCCGGGAAUUAAUUUUUUUUUUAGUAAUUUAUAAAAGGAUAAAUGGGUUAAUUUUUGGUUGGAUCGAUAUUGCAAAUUCUAGGCUCCACGGUUGAAAUUUAGAUGGAUUUUAAAACGUUGCGAUUUUUGUUUGUUUGUUCACAAAACCACCCCAGUGUUUACCAAAUUUUUGACAUUAAAUGAAUAAAUUUUCAAAAAUUUUAAUCAAAUUAGCAGAUUUUUGCUGAAUUUUGAGGUCGUUCUUCAGGCUGAAAACGUAAUGGGUGCUAAAUUGAAAAUGGGGUGGCCAUUCGACGACCACCUCGUUUUUGCCACACGUGCAGAUUUCAGAAAUUUUGGCACGCAGUGGAAAAGAACGAACCAAAGAUUGCUCAAGCACCCCCUUGGAAAUAACGGGUUCGGUGCUUUUCUCCCCGAUCACGGAGUCUAUUUUUUGAUACCGUGCAAAACCCGGUCCCUUUUCCGCCUCGUUCUGCCCCCGCAUUCGAGCGUGUGUGCUUCUCUCGUAUGAAUAAAACGCAAGUAAGACGAGAACGAGCGAACGCAACACCUGUUGAUUCGCCCCGCAUUUGAUCACACGAUGGACAAUCAAAACUAAAAGCUUGUUUGUUGUCAGCAACAAAUUGACAAUUACAAGGCAAACUGACGUGUGCUGAUAGGGCAAAAUGUACGCCCCUAUCGCAAUAUAUUUGUGCUUCAAAGUCCUUCCUACAUUCCUCUUUUGUAGUGAAGUGAUUUUAUUUUCCCCUUCCCUUUGUGAAUCUUGUAAACUUAGAAUGUUAUAAUUUUACUUAAUCUGUGCAAUAUUUGCAAUCGAAUCUUGCGAAGAGCUGCCGGCCUCGGAUUCGUUGCGCCCGCGUGAGAAUUAAAGGCAUAGAAAUAGUCAAUGAUGCUGCUGCAAAAUUGCAGAGCGCGUGAAGAAAUCGUGGCAUGAGCGCGUGUAAGAAAGAACGUACUCGUCUUUUUCUAAGCAGUCUAGUGAUUUCCGUGAUUUUUGAAUUUAAAUUAGCUAUUAGAUAAUUGCUACGUCUAUCACGGAAUAAACUGUAAUAAUGUGAGAUCCCCUAAACUGUAUUCCCCUGUAUUGUAAAGUCGACCUGUGCGCCUGCUUAAAAAUACUGUUUGGACUUAUAUAGACUCUUCUAAAGAAUGUUGUUGAGUAAAAAAUGAAUGGAGAGAAGAUAAAUUUCUUGUUGAAAAGCCUAACCAAAUUUUUAAAACAUUGAAAAGGAGACCGUGUUAUUAAUCCCUCUGUGCAUUAAUUUACCAUAACAAAAUAUUUAAAUUAAUUUCUUUUUUAAAUUUGGGACAUCAAGCCAGGGCUAUUUUGAAGCCUAGUGAGCACACAGACAAAAUAAGAUUCUAGAACGGAAUUUAAUAGCACGGGGGUCAAAUUUGUUUUUCUUGCCAGUUUCAUUCGCCUACGCCGCUCGCAAUAUUGCAGAAUUUCAACACUACCAAGUUUAAGUGUGGCGCGUUGUUUGUUGUUGAAGGUCGACUAACUUAUGCUUAUAGCCCAAAGAAGUGGCAUAUUUGUAUUUGUUUUAUUUGCAUGUUGUGCGCAGUGGUGUUUAAAAUUAUUAAAUUCUUCUCUCAACUAUCUUCUGCUUCUCUAUCAAUGUUGGCUGUUGUGAAAAAAAAACUUGUAUCAAUAUAAAAACGGAUUUAUUGCUAAUUAAUUAACGUCUUUAAUUAAACACAC